GGAGAGCUUGAAGAAGGUCAAGGAGGAAGAGGGAUCCAUCAUCCAUGGGAAACAUCCUCAGGGCCUGCUUCAAGGGAGAAGAAGACCAUGGUGGCGAUCACUACCCCUACUACCGCCCAACCUCCAGGCCCCACUACCAGCCGCAGCACUGCGGUGAUGAUCAGCCUGCAGCCGCUUCUUGGCCCCGGCCUCAUCAGCAGGCUCUAGGUCCCCAUGGCGUGGCGGAGGCCACCGCCGGCGUCGCCGCCCUGGCUCAGGACCUCCUCAACUUCGAAUCCACUUCCAUGGUACCUGAAGGCCUCGGACAGAAUGUUACAUCAUCCAAGAAAGCACAGGUUAAAUGGUACCGGAACAUUUUGGAGGUAUAUAAGAAUACGAGGCCCCCACCGAAAACACCGGCAGAGGCUGCCCAGCUAGUUGCAACAGCCCUAAGCAGAAUUCAGAGAGUUGAUUUGGAGGGUGUUCUUGCAUUUUACAACCUCCCGAUCCCAUCACUCCCUGCAGCAUCAGCAUCCUCAGGCCAUCAUCCAUCCUCCUUACCAGAGGGCAUACAGUCUGUGCUGAACACUUUGCCGGUCAACAACAUGUGCAUCGGAGAUGGUGAUGGCUUUACUGCCUAUGUUGACACAACAGACCCAAGGGAGUCUGCGAAUGUGCCACUGGAAGUGCAUGAGAUGGUGAUUGCAAGGACUCAAGCACGCACUGAUAGGGAUUACAAGACGGCUGAUGCUCUUUUAAGGAGCCUUGACAAAUCUGGAUACAAGAUAAUAACCAUUUCAGGUGAAGAGAUACUUACAAGGAAAUACCGAAUCAGAAUGAGGGGCAUUGAUGCACCGGAGCUUGAGAUGCCAUAUGGGGAGGAAUCGAAAAAUGCGUUGGUGAAGCUCAUUGGUGGGAGAAGCGUCACAAUUUAUGUGUAUGACCAGGACCAGUUUGGGCGUUACGUGGGUGACAUCUACUGUGAUAAUGUGUUCAUACAGGAGAAAAUGCUGAAGAGCGGUCAUGUAUGGCAUUUCAAGAAUUAUGACCAGCGCCCAGAGUUUGCAAAGUGGGAGAGAGAGGCAAGAGCUGCACACCGAGGGCUUUGGGCGUCAGAUAGCCCCGAGAAGCCAUGGGAUUGGAGAAGAAAGCAGCGCAGAGCAGGGCACGAUGCCAUUCAGGUCUACUAAUGGAGCUGAACUUGGAGUUUCCAGCUCUCAAAUGAUCUGAUAGCCACGUAGUUUCUUAACGAGGUUCUUGUACAGCUUGCUGCAGAUGAAUGCGUAUCAGAAACCAAAAGCCAAAGUGUAUGGUUUAUGUUUGUGGAAAAUACCUUAUCUGAAGUGCUUUCUGUAGUCUGAAGUCUGAACCUGGGAAUAUAAUGUACAAAUGAAUUGUUGUCAGUAAGCA